UCAGCUGUGCGGCUAGGUAAACAAACAGGAGAGGAAUCGAGCAGCAGCAGGCACUUUGCUGGCUCUGGGCUCCCUCGGGGAAAUUUUAUAUUGUUUCUAACGGUUUUUUUUGUAAGCAUUUAAUAUCGUGUUUCCUAGAAACUUUUAAUACUUGUAUACUCUGAUUUUGACAUUUUCUUAUAACAAAAACCUGGCAAGGAUUGGCUGUAGCUUGCCAGCUUGGAAGCGCUGGAUUUCUUUCCCCUCUUCUUUCGACAAAGGCUGCACAUGAGCAAUCGAAGACACUGACCGACACAACAACGCGACGUUUUUAAGUGUCAAGCAGUGUCGUAACAAUCGAUGCACUCUCUUGCCUGUGUAUUUAAAAAAAAAACGCAACAAAAAAACGACCUUUUUUCGCGAAGCUACCGUUACGCUGAAGAGAGCCUAGCCGACGCCAACGGCCGCCCGCCUCAGGAAAGAAUGACGGCCGUUCAGCUAAUAAAUGUCCAACGGUUAUUGGAAGCCGCGGACUAUCUAGAGAGGAGAGAAAGAGAGUGUGAGCACGGGUACGCUUCAACGUUUCCUUCAAGUCCGAGCACAAACUACCAGAGGCAAAGGAAAUUCCGAAAUAAGAAGUUUAGCAGUAACCAUAAUAGGUCCACACAUAAUGAGCUAGAGAAGAAUAGACGAGCUCACCUGCGGCUCUGUCUGGAGAGGUUGAAGGCCCUCAUACCCCUGGGACCCGACUGCAACCGCCACACCACCCUGGGCCUGCUCAACAAAGCCAAAGCACAUAUAAAGAAACUUGAAGAGGCGGACAGGAAGAGCCCAUACCAGCUGGAUUCUCUGGAGCGGGAGCGGAGGCCCCACCGCCAGCUGGAGCUGCUGAAGGGAGGCAGCGGUGCUGUACAAGGGAGCCCCGGGGAGGGCGAGAGGAUACCCAUGGACAGCGUGGGGCUCCACCCUUCUGAGGAGAUCGAGGUGGACGUGGAAAGCACGGAGUUCUCCCAUGGAGAGCUGGACAGUGUGAGCACGGCCAGCACCAGCGACCUGGACGACCACAGCAGCCUGCAGAGCAUGGGCAGCGACGAGGGCUACUCCUCCUGCAGUGUCAAACUCGCCUUCUCCUCCUAAAGCCCCGCCGCCACCGACCUCCCCGCCGCCAAACCCUUCCCGUCCUCCCAUUCGUUGCUCCAUCCAGCCAAUGCCUACGCCCACACGCCCAGUCGCCUCUGGCGAUAGCGGCCACGCCCUCCUCCCCCCCCCAGCUAACAGCAUUCCUGUCGUUCCUGCCCCACCCCCCCCCCAGCCCCUCUCUCCCUCCUCCAGCUCCAACCGUUUAGUUCCCGUCCCUCUCCUCCUGCUCAGUUAGAGGAGCUCCGCGCCGCUGCACGCCGAGCCGCUCUGACCGACAGCAGGGACCCAAACACAGCGACGGGAAACUGCCGGUUGAUUUGUUCAAAGGGAGAUCAGAGACUUGACAAAAAAAAAAACCGUAUCCCCAUGAUUUUAAAACCCUAACAAUAAUCAUUUUACUUAUUUUAUUUUCUCAACCUGUCAAAUGACAUCUUUGAAGAAGGCACAACCCCUGAUUUGAUUCAAAAUGCACUUAAAUUCACAUGAUAUUGAAAUAAUGUUCUCUUGGGUUCUGUGGUGUGUGUGUGUGUGUGUGUGUGUGAGUCCUGUGAAACACGUUUUGUCCCGUGUAACCCUUUUCAACUUCCCGGUGUUGGGUCUGGAUAAACGGGAGCACAUCUAAUCUGGACUAUAAUCAACAGUGUGGGUGAACUUUGCUACAUCAACACAGCUCGGCCCUAAAAGACCCCCUCCGGGCGCUGCGUUCUGUCCUCGUCUUAUUGUGUUUUCAUUGCUGGACAAAGCGGACGCCUUGAAGCUCAUAACGGUGCUAUUGUGAAACAGACCCACUCAGACGCACCGCCACUAAGCUUUUAAAGCAAAACAAAGUGUGUCUGCGCCGAUUGUUUCCCGACCGAGCACGGAGGAAAAAACACACCACACACACACACACACACACACA